AUGUUCAUGAUUCCGGUAAGAGUUCAAGAUCAUACUGGAAGUAUUACUUUAACAAUGUUUGAACAAGAUGCGAAAAAGCUUCUAAAAAUUUCUGCAAAAGAUUUAGUCGCAAAAACAGCUAAGCUUGGUUUUUCUACUAACGUAUACCCGUCCGAUGUAUUGAAAGAUAUGAAAUUGGCUUUCGUAGUUUUUGUUUCAAAAUACAAUGUGCAAAGGAACACCAAUCAAUAUACUAUUUACAGGAUUAGUGAUGAUGAGAUUAUGAUUGAGGAGUUGGAAAAAAAAUUUAGAGUUGCAGAGGGAGCUAAUUCACAAUCGUUUGAACAUGGUACCACUGAUUGUGAAUCUCAAGAUAACAUAUUUAUAAAGGAUGCCAUAUCUCAGACUGAUGAUAAUGUAACACCAAUGAAUGUUUUCAAAUCGACAGCCACAAGCCCAAAAAAGAAUUUGGAUGCAACAAAAGGUUUGAAGCGAGCUCUUGAUGAUGAUUUUGUUUUGGAUGUCAAUGACAACAUGUCAUCAUCAAAGACUACAAAAGGUAUAGGAGGGGAAGCUGGACAACAUAAACUUGUCAAAUUUAAGUUGGAAAAGUGA